UCCAAGUUACGGCGCGGGCGCAAGCGGUCACUGCCAAGAGCUGUCAGUAGCCAUGGAGUCGUGGACGUUGCUGGUCGUGCUUCUCGCGGCCUCGGGGGCCCUGGCCACUCCGUUUAUCAACAAACUCGCUCCGGGACAAGAAUACCCGGCGAAAAACAGUGUUCGACAGCCAUCUAACACAGAAGAUGCAUUAACUUAUCAAGCUCAACCAUCUGUAUCAGAAAUAACAAGCACCAUUGCUGAGCCUGUAGGCUCCAUAGUUGACAAAGUUGACGAAACACCCGUGAAACCUGAAGUCGAACCUGUAGCAGCAGAUCCAGCUAUUAAACCUGAUGAUGUAAACUCCAUUGUACAAAAACCGGAAAAUUCUGUAUUAGAAAUAACAAGCACCAUUGCUGAGCCUGUUGGCUCCAUAGUUGACAAAGUUCAUGAAACACCCGUGAAACCAGAAGUCGAACCCGUAGCCGCAGAACCAGCUAUUAAACCUGAUGCUGUAAACCCCAUUGAAGAAAAACCGGAAAAUUCUGAUUUACCCAAUGAAGCUUCUAUCAAAUUAGAUAGCCCAAACGAAUCUGAACCUACAAAAACAGAGUCACAAGAAGCUGCAGUUGCACCCGCAGAUCCCGUGAUAGAAGAGCAACCAGCAGUUUUAAUACCGAAGAUAGGUGAUGUGACAAAGAAUGAAGUCAGAGUCGACUAUACUGGAGCUCAGGUGUGGAAAAUCAGUACAAACAGGACUGGAGUUCGUGGUAUUAUAACGAGACUUAGACGUAGAAACCUGCUCUCAACAUGGGGAGGCGAUCACUCGUCCGCCGACGUAGUUGUCCGGCAAGACGCAAUAGAUGAGGUGACGAGGAUUUUCAAGCGGGAAAACAUCUCGUAUGUUGUCAUCAUUGAGGAUUUACAGAAGAGAAUCGAUGAAGAGAACCCGCCUCUUAGCCCUGAGGAGAUGGAGCUUCACGAUAGAAGAGGACAUCGCAUGACCUGGAAACAGUAUCACAGGCUGGAGGACAUUCACGGAUUUAUGGAAUAUCUAGCUAAAACGUAUCCGACUCUGAUUAGCACGAAGUCAAUCGGAAAAUCUCAUGAAGGUCGUGAUUUGAAGGUGUUAAGAAUAUCCGACGGCAAGCCAACAAACAAGGCGGUGUUUAUCGAUGGCGGUAUUCACGCCCGGGAGUGGAUCAGUCCGGCGACCGUCACCUAUUUCAUCAACCAGUUCGCGGAGAACUUCGAUGAGGAGUCGGAUGACAUCAAAAACACAGACUGGUAUUUCUUGCCCGUGGUGAACCCUGAUGGCUACGAGUAUACGCACACAACCGAUCGGCUGUGGCGGAAGAACAGGAAACAGAGCAUCGGGGCUAGAGUGUGCUCGGGCACAGAUCUCAACAGGAACUUCGGAUACCGAUGGGGAGGCAAAGGAGCUUCCAGUAACCCCUGCAGCGAAACCUUCCGCGGCAGAACUGCCUUCUCGGAACCGGAAUCUAAGGCCCUCUCUGAUUUCAUCAAAGCCAGUGGUGCCAACUUCUCGGCAUACCUGACAUACCACAGUUACGGUCAGUACCUGCUGUACCCCUGGGGCUAUGACAAUGUGGUGCCGCCAGACUACAAGGAUCUUGAAGAAGUCGGCAAAACUAUUGCUAAGGCUAUUGAAGAAACCGGUGGUUCCAAAUACUCAGUAGGAUCGUCCAGCGGCCUCCUGUACCCAGCCUCCGGGGGCUCCGACGACUGGGCCAAGGCCCAAGGCAUUAAGUACAGUUACACUGUUGAACUGAGCGACACCGGUCGCUAUGGUUUCAUCUUGCCCACAUCAUAUAUUGAUUCUGUGGCAAAGGAGUCUUUAGCAGGACUUCGGGCACUCAUGAAGAUCAUUCAUCAUGGUUAAUGUUGCAUUUAAUAAAAUGAGAAUUUAUUAUUAUUUAAGAACAGACGAGUAUGCCAUAGAAAAAUAAGAAAAUUUUAAAAUAGGCAAAUUUUACAAAGCUUGCUUGUGUAAGUGACAAAUUGUACAAGAUACUUAGGCAGUAUUUAAUUAUUUAUUUUUAAUUGUUAGAUAUAAGUAAAAGUGACUUCAAUAAAUUAUUAGAGAUUAUUUAAAAAAACUUACCUUAUG